AUGAAGACAAUCUCUUCAAAUCGCGAUAUGCCAUUGCCAUUGAAGCUUUUUGAGUUACAAGAUGUCAUACUGAAGGAUCCUGCAUCUGAUGUUGGAGCACGCAAUGAGCGACGCCUUGCGGCUGUUUACUAUAACAAAACUGCCGGCUUUGAAAUUGUCCAUGGCUUCCUCGAUAGAGUGAUGCGGUUGCUUGAUGUUGAUCCAGCUAAGGAUGGAUCUGGUUACUUCAUUCGUGCAUGUGAUAACCCUACAUUUUUCCCUGGACGAUGCGCUUCUAUAAUUGGCCCCGGUAAUAUGACAUUAGGUGUUCUUGGUAGGUUGUUUUUAAUUUACUUUUCUUUACCGGAUCUUUUGUGUGAUUUUCGCAAGUCUUUUCAAGACAGUUUUCAUUUUUGUACUUCUCUAGGUGUCUUACAUCCAGAAGUGAUAACGGCAUUUGGUUUGACUUUGCCAUGCUGUGCAAUCGAAAUGAAUAUAGAGUACUUCCUUUGAUU